GCUGAUGAUGAACUCCCAGAAUUCCAAAGACACGGAGUCCUAUAAACCUCUUUCUGAUCUGGAGAUCCUGGCCCAAUCAAUCACAUUUAUUUUUGCUGGCUAUGAGCCAUCAAGCACUGCUCUUUCCUUUAUUGCAUAUUUACUGGCAAUUCACCCCAGUGUUCAGAAGAAACUCCAGCAAGAGAUUGAUGCAGUCCUGCCCAAUAAGGCACCUGCCACUUAUGAAGCUCUGGUAAAGAUGGAAUAUCUAGACAUGGUGGUGAAUGAAACUAUGAGAUUAUAUCCAGUUAUUGCCAGGAUCAACAGACUCAGUAAGGAAGAUGUUGAAAUCAAUGGUGUGUUCAUUCCCAAAGGAACAUUGGUGGUCAUACCUACCUUUGUUCUUCACCAAAAUCCAAAAUACUGGCCAGAGCCUGAGGAGUUCCAUCCUGAAAGGUACAGGAACCAUACAGGGAAGCAGACUUAUUUGA